AUUGGAUGUUGACUGUUGUCAAUCCGGAGGAAGAAACUGUCUAUUUCAUGGAUCCAUUGCGGCGUCGACUAGUUGGUGGAGAAUGGCAAACUGUUGUAGAAAAUGGGAUCAAAAUUUACAAUGCUCAAAGAAAUAGGUCUGGCCGGAAAUCAAUAGUGUGGCAAAACAUGGGGGGUAUUCCGGCACAACAAAAUAUGAAGGACUGUGGCAUAUUCAUCAUGCGGUACAUGAAGGAAAUAAUUGAGGAUAAGAACCUAGGUUUUGCUUCAAAGUGGCAGCGACGAUCCGAAUUGUGCUACACCCAAAAGGAUGUUGAUGUUGUGAGGUCAGAGUGGGCUAAGUUUGUGAUGAAGUAUCAUAUUGCAUAGCUGUGAUGGUUGAUCACCUGCCUCCUGCUAGCUGGUUUUAGUUUUUUCUUUAGUUAUAGGCAUGGUUAAUGCGCAGUUGAAGGCAUUUUUGUUUUGGUAUUUUGAUGAGCCUCCUGCUAGCUAGUUUUAGUUUUUGCUUUAGUUAUAGGCAUGGUUAAUGCAAUGUGAAUGCGUUUAUGUUUUCCGGGCUUUAUGCAG